AUUUAUAUCCACCCGUGCCUUCGACAUAACCUCCACGAAUCCGCACAUAAGACUCGAGUACAAUCGAGGCUAUUGAAAUGUUGUGACACGACGUCAAAUCCACCAUCAGCCAUCUAUCACGAUGCCGCCAAAGGCAGCACGCGGCGCAGGGCGGGGCAGAGGUCGUGGACGAGGGAAGGCUCCAGCUCCUCCUGCAGCUGAGCAACCUGCAGUCUCACAACCAAACCCCCAGAACGAUAUGGGUAGCCAAUCCGCUAUGGCUCCUUCCUCUCCAAGUGAACCUCCUGCUCCAAAAAUGACGACCCCGCAGAACGAACUCCUCGACGACACAGGCCCUUCUCCCAACUCCUCCCCCGCGACAGUCUGGACCGAAACUCCAGCUCCUACGCCGAUCCGCCCAUCUACGCUACGACCAGAGCCUCCCCCAAUAUUGCCACCCACAAGAGGGGGCAUUGCCUCAAGAGGGUCGAGAGUGAAGACUACGGAGAGUAGGUUCAAGCCAAAAAAUAUCCGACGAGAUGCGAGAGAGCUCGAGGACAUGCGGAAGAAGGAAAAGGCGCGAUUGGAUGCUCUUGCUGCCGAGGAAGCCAGUAGGGAGGCUUUUAAAGCUAGAGCGAUGGGAAGAGGGAGGGGCAUGCGGGGGAGGGGUGAUGCUAUGGGGAGGGGAGCUGGGAAGGGAGCUGGGAAGGGAGCUGGGAGGGGAAGAGGUGGGACUGCAAGUGGAAUUUUCGGCGUUGUGCCUGAAGCCUUGCAGAAAAAUCCAGAAUUUCUAGCCUCGAAGGCUUCAGGCGCUGGUGGCUCGUCACGAAGUGGAGGAUCUGGCCCUGGCGGACCAAAGACAUUCAAGGGUGAGGGGGCAGGAGCUUCACGUGGAGAUUAUACAAGCUCGGGUAUGGCACUAAGCAAGGAUUUUAUUCCCGAUCCACAAUAUCCAGACGAAGACCUUGAUGCCCCGAGAGUGGAUAUCGAACACAUCAAUCUGGUUUCGGAUGACUCAGACGACGACGUGAUUUUCACUGGUAGUCGAAAAGUGCCGAAUGGCAGAGGAAAAUCUACAAACAAACGUGGACUCAAGCCUGUGAGAUUGCAUCGAGAAGAGCACAAGGAGCGUCUUACUCUGGUCAACACGGAACCAGCCAUAAAGAUACAAUCGGAUUCCGAUGAGGAGUUUCCUGCGAUCGACGAGCUACGAUCUUCGCGUGCUCCAGCGAAAGAGAAAGAGUUUACAGGUACCUAUGAAGACUUCGAAGCCAAUACACGUAUCAAGGUGGAGCCUGGUUUGGAAUUGACUUUCAAUGGUACUCGACCUCCUCCUGCGACUUCCACUGAUCCCCAGCGUCAGGUGAAAGACCGUACUUCCUCGCCUGAGUCUAAGCGGAAGACCAAAGAUCAAUUGGCCAACUCAGCAAUUGAUCUUGGCGGGCCGGAAGAUGAUGCUGCAGCUAAGGCAAAGAAGGAGAGAAAAGCCAGGACAUUCAUCAAGAAGAAGGACACGAAGCCUGUCAUCCAAACCGAAGAAGACAGAGCAGAAUACGAGCGACACCUCGAAGAUGUCGCCAUCCUCGCCAACGAGCUUGGCGGCCUGCAAGGCAAUCUGGGCGCGCAACCUCAAGACGCCGAGGGUGAUGUAGCAAUGGACGGCGGGGUCAACCAAUACAGAGACAAUAAAGCAGGCCGGCUGUAUCUCUUCCAAUUCCCUCCUGUCUUACCAGAACUUUAUAACCCGAAGCACCCAAAACCCAAAACCAAGGCUGAGAUCAGAGCUGAGAAUGAAAAGGUGAAAGCAGAACAGGAUGUACAGAUGGGUGGCAUGUCGGCCAAGGCAAAAGGUAAGAUGAAGGACGCUACCGUUGAUGCAACUGCCAUCAAGGUUGAGGAGGAAGUCGUGCUCGGUCCAGACGGCAAGCCGAAAAAGGAAGAAGAGAAGAGGAAACGAGAUGAAGUUGUGCACGAGGAAGGCUGGAUUGGCAAGCUUGUUGUGCGAGAGAGCGGCAGGGUGGAGCUCUGCUGGGGUGGGACGAAUUUGCUUGUCGGACGUGGGGUGGAUGCGGGGUUCUUGACGACUGGCGUAAUGGUCGAUAUGAUCGAGAAGGGACCGCCUGGUGGUGGAGCGCCUGAAGGAAAGGCCAUGAGCAUGGGGCAGGUAAUGGGAAAGUUCGUUGUUACACCAGACUGGGAGAAGAUGGUCUGAUCUGACCAUGGCUCGGAUGACUUGGGAAACGGGAGGAGAUGUAAUGCAUUUACAGCCGGAAAUGAAAGGAAAUUGCAUUGCUGGGCGUUUUUUUUUUUUGGACUUCUUGCAUAUGCUCGCAGCGGGACCUUGGAUCUCCUACUUGUGUGUAGGAAAUGGAUGUACCGAUGUACAGCUCUGAUUUAGAGGAUGAUGAAAUGGAUCGAGCAUCAAGGAAGGUCGUUGGAUGGCACAUGAUGAAACUGGAAAAGCAAGUCCAGCGCCUGGCUCCCGACUUCAUUCACGUGAUUAGUAUUCCACCCUCGGUUGUUAUGUCUUGCUGCUCGAGAGAUCGAUUCAUAACCUAUAGUGGAAGUAUCCAGUCUCUAUUGCAUUCCUCUUUCU